AUGAGAAUAGAGAAGUGCUGGUUCUGCUCCAGCAGCAUUUAUCCCGGGCACGGGAUAGUGUUUGUGCGCAACGACGCGAAGAUGUUUCGUUUUUGCCGCUCGAAGUGCCACAAGCUUUUCAAGGCAAAAGGAAACCCGAAGAAGUUCAAGUGGACGAAGGCCUACAGAAAGGCCCGCGGGAAGGAGCUGACGGAAGACAGCACUUUUGACUUUGAGCAGCGGCGGAAUCGGCCAGUGCGGUACAACAGAGAGCUGCUGCAGCAAACUGUGGGGGCGCUGCAGCGGAUAGCAGCAAUUAGGGAAAGAAGAGCAGCAGCACAUUACCGCAGCAGAAUGCUGCGGGCCUUUGUGGAGGGGAAGCAGCAGCAAAAGGCGGAGAAGCUGCUGCAGAAGCACAGCCGCUUGCUGCAGCAAAUGGAGCUCCAGAGCAGCAGCAGCAGCAGCAGCAAAAGCAUCCGCGCACACGCCCUGCUGCACAGCGACGACGAGGAGGAAGACGAGGAGCAGCAGCAGCUGCAGCAGCAGGAGCAGCAGCUGCAGCAGCAGCUGCAGCACGAGGAGCAGCAGCAGCAGGACCUGGAGGAGAUGGACCUGGAUGAAAAAACAACGAAAAAAGGCAAACAAAAAGUCAAGACGCUCCUCAAAGUCUAA